AUGGUGUCAUCGAAGCGGAUCCACGUUCGGGUAUGGCAUGGAUUUCUCCCUUUGCAUCAUUUAUUAUCCCAAGACGAAGCGGAAAUAGAGAAAUGUGUUAGUAAAUUCUACUUUGAUUCUUUCAGGUUUGCGGAUCUUCGGAUGCAGAUUCGACUCAAGCUCAAAGAACUACCACAGCCACCGCCAGUUGCCAACCCAGUUGUGUACUGGGAUAUUCUCGAGAUUUUUGACGAGUAUCUUCCUCUGCUGCUUUCUAUUCAACGCUAUCACUUGGCUAGACACUCGAAUAGCUCAACACUUCCGUAUUUUCUCUCUACGUUUCCACCAUUAUUUUACGGCUUUGGUGAACUCAAUUUACUCACUGAUCGACUUGUUGGAAAACAGCAGCAAGCUCAGUCUUGUAUCUCGGUUGAAUUGGUGCUCGUACUAUGCUUGAUGGGUCAAUUACACGCUUUACACGCCGAGACUCUAACUGGUCAAGGAGAUGAGACACUAACAAUAACGAGUUGGCCCAGACUGCAGCAUGCUGAGCUUUCGUGGCAAAGUGCAGAGAGUUUUUAUCGCUGGGCUGCGUCGUAUUCGAGUCAAAGUAAGGAACGUCUCGACGAUAACGAUUCACCAACAGGAUCGAUUUGGAGAUUCUUCGACGUGAUGGCGAGUACGACAGCUUGUCUGGCACGGGUGUGCUCAACCCACAGACUUUCGACUCAUAUUUCUGGUUUGGCUCUGACAGAAAUUCGACCUGAACGACUGUUUCGAAUUGGCUCUGUGUUUGCCAGACGAGCUCUUACGCUAAUUCGAGAGGCAAAAUCUAACCAGCCUCAUCGAACAGAUACCAGGUUUUCUCAUCAGCUGAAAUGGUGCCUAUGCGCUAACGAGAUUCGGUGGAUGGCAAUUUACUAUCAAUGUGAACUAGAAAUCUACCGACUAGAUGCAAACCCUGAGAUCGCACUCCACUAUUGUGAACAUCUACUCAAGCUUCGAAUACCGCCUCUGUCAUCGAUAUCUUCUCAACAGCAAGAAGUUUCUUUUACCCAGCUUGCCCAUGAAAUCCAACUACAACAUCAGACACAUCUCACUGACGCGCUUGAUGAAAAGAAAAAUCUAUUAGACGAUUGCCGAUCACGAUAUGGAACGACAUGGACAUUUACAUCGACUGUCAAGUGUUUAGGCACUGAGCUGUUGAUUAUUCGAGAAAUGGGACCGGUGUUUAAUCAAGAACAGCGAUUCAUCGAUUCUGUUGUGGAAGAGGAAGAGAGCAACUACGCGUCUCCUUUUCUCGUUGAAGUGAUCGCUGCGAACGUCGAUCAGGCAGUUUUGCAUGAAAAAGGCGACGAUUCAGAGUCAGAAUUGCCAAAGGCAUGUGAAAUUAUCGUAACCAAGACGCCUUCAGAGCGAGAAAUCAAGUCUGUCACCAAAGGUUUGAUGGACUGGCGUAUAGUCGCAGCAAAACACGAAACAAGUAGUCGAACUGAGCCUAAAAAUCAAGAUCAAGAAGCGGAAUCAUCUACGAAAGUAUCGACCUCUGGAAAUUUGAAAAAGCGUCCAUCAAGUGCAACACCGCAAGGUUCUGGUUGGGUAACGAUGAACUACGGAGGCAAGUUGCUACAUUUCGAAAAGACCUUGGAUCCUCCGGCCCAGCACAACCACCUCAGUGACCCCAUCCGACGAUCCAAACCGCGGCCUUCAUCGUCGCCCUGUUACUUGUCGUCCAAGAAGACCGCCAAGCCCAAUCAUGAUCAUAAACCUGUCGAUUAUAAGAAAAUGUGGCGAGCACCUUGUGCCCUGUGUGAGCGAAGGUUCAUGCGCUCCAGUCUUCCUGGAGUUGUGGUCAUGAAGCGAAUUUACGAUCUCCGUCGCAAGUGGGGAGUCAUCCAAAACUCCAAAAAGACCAACUCUCCUUCAGUAUUAUACGGGACCGCAAACGUUUGUCUUCAAUGCCAAGAAAUAUUAACACAUGAGGAGAUCAAGCUGACACCUAAAACCACAGACGAUAAGGCCGUAGUCUAUAAAGGUAGCAACCAAGACAAAGACGCGGAAAUCACUCGGAUGAUCCACGAUUCUAUUCUCUAUCAGUGGCAUAAACAACCACCAAGUCACAAUACUACCGACAACAGUCUGGAAGAUAUCGCAGUCAACAAACGCGUGCGUCAAUCUUCGACUGUCUGUAGUAUGAAAGCACAAAACGCCUUAGACCCCGACACCAACCGCUCUGCCCAUACAAAGGAGGAAUUCCAGCCGUGGUGGGAGAUCGAUCUCGCCAACUACGUUGAAGUCCAUUCAGUCAAAGUUUAUCUUCGAGACGAAGUGAGUCAUCUGUAUGCCGCUGCCAGAGGAAACCCUAGUGGACAGACAACUAGGGUUUAUCCUCUGCACAUCAGUAUCUCGAUGAAGAGUGGCGUAGGACGCAACUGCGACGAUAUCAUCGCUGGUUCUGUGAGUUCCAUGUGCAUUCCAGACAAUAUGGGCCCACUGAUCGAGUUUAUAGCCCCACAGAAGUCUCGAGGCAGAUUCGUUCGCGUCCAGUGUCAAGGUCGCGCCAUUCUGCACAUUGAACGCGUCAAUGUGUAUGUAGCCAAGUCUCCAUUGAUCGACCCAGUACAGAGGCGACAGCACUUUCGGCAAAAACUCCAACGUGCUGCCUUUUGUGCGUCUGUACUCGCCACUACAACCACUCCACACACAGGAUCCAAUCGAAUUGCAGUCACUGCAGAACCAUCGCCAAAGCAAAGAAUGUCUACAUUGGGACCUCGAACUACGAGACGCAGAAGCAGUCAGACGUCAACGAAUAAGACUCAAAAUGAGUCUCAGUUCGCAGCGUCCUUGUUUUUCGACCCGGAGCGAGCUGAGAAGAAGCGGGUCUCGAAGUUAUACGCUAAAUUCAAGGGUUUGCUGGAUGCUAGAGCGAAGUAUAUCGCACCUAAAAAGACUAUAGACGAGAAUGUACCGGAAGGAGGAGAGGAUGAUGAAACACACAGGACAGAAAUGAAGGAAAAUGGAUAG